AUGCAACGCCCAGUUCGUAGCUAUCGUGGUGGUAGUCGUGUUGGUCCUCAUUUGACGCAUAGUCAUAAUGUUAACGAAAAUGAUGAUAACAAUCAUAAUCGAUCAUCUCUAUCAAAUUCAAAUUUAGGUGAAAUAGAAGAUGAUAAUAACGACACUCAUACAACGAUAAAAACGAAAAAUUCUUCUAUAUUAUCAUCAAUUGCAAUUAAUGCUGAUUUUGAAUCAGUUAUUCGAAGUCUUCAGCCAUUAGCAAUACGUCAAAAAAAGACAAAAAAUAAUUUAAAUAUCAAUAGUCAAAAAGCUGAUUUACCCCAAGUAAAUAUUAUAAAUGAUACGAUUCAUACUAUUGAUGAACAAACAAAAGAUAAACAAACACAACAUUGGUUUCCAAAACCUGAUAUUGGUCAUGUUAAAUCGAAUGAUUUCAUUCGUCAUAAUCAUAUUGAAUCUCAACAAAAAUGUAAACAACUUACUCCACCAGCUUUAUUAACAGCAAUUCCUCCUGCUGAUAUAUCAACACGUCCAACACCAAUUAUUGCUCAAGCUGCUCCAACUCGAUCAAUAUCAACAUAUUUCUUAUCAAACUCAUCAAUAGAAAAAGUAAAUAAUAAGAUUGUUGAUGAUUGUCAAACUAGUUCCAUGUUAAAAUCAAAUCAACAAUCAACAACAUCAUUGUUAAAGCAAACAUCAUCAUCGGCAUUUCAACCAAUUAGUUCUAUACAAAACUUAUCAUCGAAUACAAUUAAUCAACAAAAAAAAACUAAAUCUCAACCUGUUCUAAUCGAUAUACCAAAACAUAAAGCAUUAGAAUGUGGACAAAAAUUAACGAAAGUUCAUAUAUCUCAUCCGCAAAGUCCAUCAAUUGUUUAUCUUAUGUUACAUGAAGACUUUAAUAGAGCUUGUCGUCUUCUUCAUACAAUGUCGAUACAUCCAGAGCUUCAAUUAGAUUAUAUUCCAAGUCAUCCAUUUAAACCAGAAAUAAAUAAGAUAUGUGCAUGCUUUCAUGAGGGUCGUUGGUUUCGUUGUCGUAUUUUACAAAUUUCAACAGAUUUAUCAACAGCAACUGUUAUCUAUUUGGAUUGGGGCAUGGUAAUUCCUGUACAAAUCAAACCAACAUCUAUUCGCCGUCUACCAAAUGAAUUUUAUAUUGAAGCGGUUUGUUCUGUAAUGUGUCAUCUUGAUGGUGUAUCAAAUGUAAACGAUUCAAUACCAUCUAGUAUUAUAGCUCAAUGUAUUAAUCUACUAAGUGAAAAUGAAUAUGAUGUUAUUGUUAAUGAUUAUAAUAUUGUAACUGGUGGUAAAAUUAUCCUUUCAUAUAAUGGACAAGUUAUUAAUGAUCAAAUACAAAAAUUAAUUUUACCUUAUGAUAAUACAAAACCAUCUCCACCAUUAGAUCCUGAUCGCAAAACAGAAUAUUUUGAUUUAGUUAUGUUUCCUUGUCCUCCAGAAAUUGCUAAAUUAAGAAAAAAAGAAAAAGAUUUUAUUUUAGUUUAUAGAGCAAGUUUUCCUCAAACAUUUGAAGAAUUUACAACUCCAACUGGUUUUUGA